AUAAGGAGGGGAUCUGUCUGACCAUGGCUGCGGUUGACAGUGGGGCAAAGCCCCUUCAAAAUGCCAUGAAAAUGGCAAAAGUUGCCAUACAGCUGGACGGAGCGAACAAACCUAAGGAAGCCUACUGUGAAUACCUCCGAACUAUCAACUACAUCUCACAUGAACUUUUGGAGGAGGCGGGAUCACAAAAGGAGGGCGAGGUGGUGGUGGUGGAGGUGGAGCGGAUGUUGAGGCUGGCAGAGCAAUGUCUGGAGCGAGCCAAGUCAUUUAUGGGAAAAAGCGCUGACACCGAUACCCACACUGACUCCGUCUCUGCUCCCCCGGUCUGUCCUCAUAGCCUAUCAGAAGCCCGUCAGACUGCUGCCGCCACUGCUUUAAACACAGUCCCACCAUGUGAUUCUCCUGUGGACGCAGGGUGUAAAGCGACCAGCCCACAGAAGACAGGGCACCGCAGGGUUAUGUCAGAUGGUAGCGGGGAACUCUCUCCGUUUCUGCCUCCUGAAAUCUUCCAGCGAUUACAAACGGUGGAGUCACAGGACGCGUGCAAGAAGGAGCUGACACCGAUUGAAGAAGCAUCACGUUUGAACCAGAAGUUAAAAGCCAAUUAUGAAGCUCGUCUCGCACGGCUCACUCCGGGACAGGCCUAUCAGAAGACGUCUUUGACACUCUCUCUCCAGCGGCAGAUGAUGGAGAACCUCAUCAUAGCCAAAGCAAGACAGGAUGCUCUCCAGAGGAAGAUGGAGGAGAGGAGACUUCGAUUGCAGGAAGAGGCCAACAGGAGAUUUGCAGCUCCUGGAGCAAUGACCACAGAGGAACAAGAGCAGCGUAUUCUCUAUACUAACGUCCUGGAAUAUGAACAAGACCAUGACUGGCCCAAACAGUGGAAAGCCAACAUGAGGAAGAAUCCAAAUGACAUCACUUUAGUGUCGGCUCUUGUCUCCUACCUUCUCAGUCGAUCUGACCACCCCGUGGUGAAGCUGCUGAGGAAACACCAGUACAAGGUUUACAACAGACUCUACCCCAUCGUCAGUAAAGGCCUGCCUCAGAGUCCUGACCUGCAGCUGAGGCCUUCUCGCAGCACUCACAACUUGCUUCAUCCAGAGACCCCAAGGAAGCCAGCCAGGACUGUGGGCAGUAGAGUGGGUGGCCAGAGCACUGGCUCUUCUCCCUCACUUUCUCACAACCUCCACACAAACGACGAUGAAGAUGAGGAGGGGGAGGAGUCUAGCACAGAGAUACCAGUGGAACGGGAGAACUCGUUUGAAGAUCUUGAACAGUUCCUGACCCAGUUGGACUGGACCGAGCCUCGUGGCAGCACAGGUGACACUGGCUCAGAUUUAGAGCAGACCAGUGAGCAGUCAGGACAGGAAGAUGGAAGCUUUCAAAACCUGGAGAUGAGAGCUCUGACAGAACACCUGAAGGCCAUUGUCAAAGACGUUCACAUUGCAAUUGAUCAGCUCCUGUCACUGUGUUUGCUGUCCUUUGAGUGCCUGAACACAGCCACCUCUAAAGACCUCUGUCUCGCCAGCAUAGAGGAAGCCUUCUUCACGCCCCUGUGGAACGUCCUGUUGGCUCUUUUCAGGAAAGUCUACAGGGAAAGGGAGCAGGCCUAUGAGAUGAGUAUGAAGCUGUUUAGGGAUGCAUCACCUGGAGAUGUUGGUGUUCCCUCAAAGCUAUUCCCCAAAGACCCUGGCACACUGCAAGGUUCCUACCCCUACGAGUCAGCUGUUCAGGAACUCAGGCUUCUCAUUACAGACGGCUGUCCUCAAAGAAAGUUAGAAUGUAUUGUAAGGACGUUACGUCUGAUCUGUGCCUGCGCUGAGGAUUACAGGUGUCUUCAUGAAGUUGACUCUACACCCAAAACUGCUGCCAUCGGAGCAGAUGACCUGCUGCCAAUCCUAUCUUUCGUGGCUCUGCGGUGCCAGUGUCCUCAGCUGGUGGCUGAAUGCGCUUUGGAGGAGUUCAUUCAUGAAGCCUACUUGAUAGGAGAGGAAGGUUACUGUCUGACCUCCAUGCAGAGUGCCUUGGCCUAUGUUGAGUCUUUGCACACAGGAGGAUCUCACCUUUUGCCCAACAAGCUCAUAUGAAAAAGAGAACUAAACCAGCUUGUCUAAACCUGUUUCUUCACCAGAGGACUCAACCAGCCUGAGUGGUUUCUAACCAAAUUGAACCCUACAAGGCCAGACUAGACUUUACUGCGGCUUCCUAAAGAUUGGUUUUGGAACAGCAAAGCAAUGUUGAAUUGACUUACACUGGAUUGUUAUAAGGGAUUAUUGUGUGUGGUUGAUGUUCGAGGGAACUAUUUGAAGGGAUGACAUUGAUUAUGACUCCUUGGAGAUAUAAACCAGAAUAUUUUUUUUCUGUUGAUUUGAACAUAUAAAUUGUAUAUUGUUGCUUUUUUAUUAACCUACUAAAACAGGCACUUUUAUAACUAGACACUGUUAAUGCAUGGGUGUGUCUGUUUGUAUGUUAGAAAGACUGAAUGAAUUAUAUUAUGAUGUACACUUUGGGCGAUGAAGAGUUUAGGGUUCAUGCAACACUGGUUGAUUGUUUUUAGUUCAGACAGUAGAUCUAUUUGCAGACUUGUCUAACAGGCAGAGAGUGGAACUGGCACAGAUGUCAUACAGAAGGAAUGACUGUGGGUUUUAAGGUUCAGCUUGCAGUGUCGCUUGUCAGUCACUGUUUGCAUGUAACAGCAUGUUGGAUAACUCUUCAGUUAGGCAAACAGAAUUAUGCUAGAUGACUGUAUGCUAGUACUAACUGUGUGUAGUACCACUGUCGCACUUUGUCCGCUUUUGAAGCGUGUGUUACUAUUUGCUAGACAAGCCACAGGGACUGCAAGUAACAGUGAACGCAAUUUGGCAAUUUAGAUUUAUUCAGUUUUGUUUUCUGAUCGAAAGGUAAUUGUUAUAGUUGCCUUGUAUCUGUGCGUCCACUUAAGUAUUUACUGAUUUUUUUUUUUUUUAACAAGCUCAAAAAUCACUGUACCAUUUCAAGGAGAGCUAAAAACGUAGACAGACUCUUUUUUUUUUCACAGCCUACUUUUAUAGUUUUUUUUAUCCACUUCCCGAUGCUUCUCUUGAUGUCUACAACUUUUCAUGUUUCACUUGAUAUGACUGGACAGAAUUCUUGACUGAUAUUUUAAGCUACAAAAAAUACUUUUCUAUGAAGCCAUUCUAACAGUUUUGUUUUAAAUACAGGUAAGUGCAGACCUCAGUCUGUGUUCACCUGAAAGGAUCCUGAUGUUUAUGCAUUUCAUUUUCCAAAUCAUGUUGACUUGAGUGACUGUUUUUAAAGCAUGCUGAUUUAUCUUUUCUUUUUAGUCUUACUGUAAGUGUGUGUUUACCUUAUCCAGGCAGUCAUUGGCAUCUUAGUGUACCAGUGUAUGAAUGAACUCAC